AGCCUGACACAGCGGUGUGCGCCACCAAUAAAAAGUCAAACUUUAUUAAACUGUUAAGAUGUGUUUUGGACGGCGCAAAGAUACCUUGUUUGUUGUCACCGGGUAGUUAGAGAGAGAGACCGGGCGUCGUGAUUUACCGUAAAUUUCGUGACGCCUGAUUGCCAUGGAAACAGUGCUCCUUCUGCUGAGGGGAAACUGUCCGUGUUAACUUCAGCAUCAACCUCUCCAACGGGGUCGGAUAAACCUGUUGGAUUAUCCACUGUUUUUUUUCUUUUCUUGCAUUGCUGUCUCUGGCUUUACUUUCCAUUUUAAUUUGCCCACAGGCCAGUUUCAGACAAAAUAUCCGCCUGCUCAUGUACUUAGACCGAAAGUCAACUUGUGAUCUGCGUUUAUGUCUCACCGAGGAUAGGCUAUAUGUAGGCCACCAUAAAAUACAGAUGCUCGGCUCAUUUUGAAGUAAGGGUGAUGGAGCUGCAAACAGAGAAGAGGUUUCAUAACUUGACCCUCGAGCAAAUCCAAGCUCUGGACAAGGUCUUGACUGAGGUGAUCCCCAUCCAUGGACGAGGAAAUUUUCCUACACUGCAGGUGAGAGCGAAAGACAUCAUACGUGUGGUGAAGGAUCGGCUGGUCGAAAGAGACAUCCAGGUGAAAGAUAUACGGCUUAAUGGCGCGACUGCCAGCCACGUCCUGGUGAGGGAUAACGUCCUGGGCUAUAGAGACCUAGACAUCAUUUUUGGAGUGGAGCUGCCGCGGCAAGAGGACCUCCAGGUGAUUAAGGAGGUGGUGCUGGGCAGCCUCCGAGACCUCCUCCCUUGUGGAGUUAACAGACGCAAGAUCACCUGCCUAACGAUGAAGGAGGCUUACGUGCAAAAGAUGGUGAAAGUUUUCAAUGAGCAUGACAGAUGGAGCCUUAUCUCGCUGUCUAACAACAGAGCUAAGACCGUGGGGCUCAGAUUUGUAAGUUCCCUUCGGAGACAGUUUGAGUUCAGCGUGGAUUCCUUCCAGAUAAUACUAGAUCGCAUGCUGGAGUCUUACUGGGAGACUGAAAGGAAACAAGGAGGAAAGUUGGCAUUGAAUGCUGGGAAUGUGUCUAAAAGAGACAAUGAGGAUGGGAACAAAGAGCAAGAGCAAGCAAGCGUUCCUCUGGAUGUAGAAGCAGAUAUUGAAAAAGACUCGUCAAUGGCAACCAGCCGAGAAAGUCGAUGCCAGGAUGAAGCAGUUUCUGUGCUUGAGAAAGAGCUUCCACAAGCUGAGGUUGAGCAUGUAGAUGGAAAGCACGAGGAACAGGAGGUGUCAGAACCUGUGAGUAUUAACUUACAGCAGGAGGAAGAGGAAGUUGGUAGCAUAGAGGAUGUUCAUUCAGAGGAGGACAUUGUGUUUGAGCUAUGUGAAGAAAAUGGAGAAGAGAAAGGACAGUUUCACAGUGAUUACCCUUUGGUUUCAUCCCCUAAAACCUUAUUUGCAGAUGUCAGGGAUCCGCUGAUGACACAUGCAUGUUUAAAGCUACAGAGCAAUGAAGAGAUGUCUGCGUCACAAGCUUCCCAGCAGGCAUCUGUACGGCAUACAGAAAAGUUGGCUCCGCAGGAAAAGGUCCAUUGUGAAGAAAUGACUCAGUUCAAAGGCGACUCUGUAAUCUGCAGGACUGAAACCGCUCCAAGCCUUCAAGAUUCACAUCUUGAAUGUUCCUUUCCUCCUCCAGCGAAGAAAACCUGCAGCACAUCACAGGACAUUGUACCAGACUACUGCCCCUCACCAAAAUUACAAAGAAAAAUGUCACGGAAGAUGAUCAGUAAGCCAGAGAAAUGGUCUAUACUGACUGAUUUGUCAGAUCUUACAACACAGCUGUUUCCACCCAUAGAAUUCCCAAAACCACUUCAGCCAAAGCCUCCUUUACAGGAGAGCACUCAAGUUCACUGCUCAAAUGUUCCAGCCUCCGAGCCAGACACCUUAGACACCCUUACAGUUCCCCAACACAGUCCAGCCUGUACACUUAAGGAUGGGACUGGCUCCAAUGAAAUUGUAGAACAAACUGUUAAGCCAAAACACUCGAAGAAGCCUCCUGAUUCAGAGACUCAAGGCCACACAAGUGCAGCAAACGUAGCCUCACAUCCUCAGAUCAAUGAGCACACGCCUAAGCUGGCAGAAACUGUCGCCAACAGCUGCGGGGCAAGCCCGUGUGUGGGGGCAGCAGAGGAGCACACCAUCACUGUUGAAGCAGAGUGCAUGUACGGUGACUUUGAACAGGCGAUGGACCACCUCCGCCACCGCCUCAUUGCCACCCGCAACCCAGAGGAGAUCCGAGGAGGGGGUCUGCUGAAAUACAGCGACCUGCUGGUGAGGAACUUCAGACCAGCCAGCGAGACAGAGAUCAAGUCUUUGGAGCGGUACAUGUGCUCCCGCUUCUUCAUCGACUUUCCUGACGUGAGCGAGCAGCAGCGGAAGAUUGAGGCCUACCUGCAGUGCCAUUUCAUUGGCAACGAGGAGGCGAGCAAGUACGACUACCUGAUGACCCUGCGACGCGUGAUAGAUGAGAGCACGGUGUGUUUGAUGGGACACGAGAGGAGACAGACGCUCAAUAUGAUCACUGUCCUGGCUCUGAGGGUGCUGGGCGAGCAGAACGCCAUCCCCAACACAGCCAACGUCACCUGUUUCUAUCAGCCGGCUCCAUACAUGACAGAGCCAAUUUACAACAGCUACUUCAUCACCCAGGCCCAGCCCCCGCUCGUCUACCACCCUUACCCUCUGCAUGUCCACAUGCAGACUGGCCUGGUGUAGCUACUGUGACACGCCCACAGGGAGGCAUGUAGGCUGCUUUCAGCAUGGUGCUCUGCAAGCAGAGGCACAAAUGCAAGUUUUAACAACAACCACAGGCGCAGUGUUGUUUAAUGCUUUGAAAUCCCUCCUGCUUAUGACAUGAAAGAUCAGAAGUGAAAGGGGUUUGGAGGCAAAGCACACCACCCUUUCAAGAUGAACACUUUUGAAAAGGAAAGAAACGCUAAGAGCCCACUUUUCAGAGAGCUCAUAGAGAGCAGUUCAUUGAAGUGGAGUGACUUUGUUUGUGGCUGUUUCAGCUCAGUUUUGGCAGGGCUCUGUAUUGGUCGCUAUACUGGAGAAUGUUGUAAUGUGAUAAUUCUUUAUGGCUUGAAGAUAAACUUGUCUAACAUUUAAAAACAUAAUCUAUGAAACAGCUGUUGGCAGCAAAAGUCCAAGUUGGGUUUAAGUUUGAAUAAUGAUAAAUCCUUUCUGUUUCUGAAGGGGCUAAAACCCCAUAUAGCUGUUUUGUGAAUCAUCAGUCUUUGUGGAGUAAAUUUCAGCACGUGGCUAUACCUGUGUAUUCACUGUAUAGUACAGCAUUUACUGAGGCUAUACAUUAGAACAAAGUUGCUGUGGCUUUUCCAUGAUAUUGUGCGUUCUGUAUUUGUGAAUGUCAAAGGUAGAAACAAGAGAUUCAGUUCCAUAAAGAACUAUUAAAUUAUUAGGGUGGUGAGGGGGGCUGAACCUAAUGUUUCACUUUGUAAAAAAAAAAAAAAAUGCAAGCCUCCCAAGGGUUGUUAAGGCCCCUGAAAAAAAGUAUUUCUCUAACCAUGAAAUAAUUGUGAAAAAUUAAGCAACAAUCAGUUAAAGUUUAGAAAAGCAUCUUUAUUCAUUGUUUUUUCAGAGUUUUGCACAUUAGCGCUAAUCUGCUUCAUCAGAACUUAAUUUGUAAUUUGACUAGUUCAUAUUGACAGUGGCCUGGCAACAUGAGCAAUCAACCCACCAACUCUAACAGAUUUUCAUUCAAAUGUUGCAAAAUCCUGAUUGGUGCACAGAAAUACACGGCGUCACCUUUCUCCAGCGAGAAAAGCAAUGGCAAAAAAACAAAAUUCAGAAAUCUCUUGUAUGAAAUAACCAGAACUGUUCAAAUGUGGGCGGACAAAUGUGUUCUUUCUGGACCCCGUCACUCAUUAUAAAAAAGCAUGAUUGAGAAAAUGUUUUCAGGGCCUUUGAUGUUUUAUCUGAAAAGCUUAUUUGUCUAACUGUUAACUACACUGCAAAGAAAAGCUGAAACAUCUAAAUUAGUAUGAGAAACAAAACACCCUCCCCUGCCUUGAGUCAAGAUGAAGUGCAUUGUAAUCCUUUUGGCAUAGUACUAGAAGUUAUAAUCCAGGAAUUGUGGCCAAUUCAACCUGCAUUUUAUCAAGUCAAAGAUUUGCCUGUUGACGGCAUUAUGAAGAAAGCUUUGGCUGUCUCUAAUUAUUACGAAAAUAAUGUGUGAACUGCUGAAAAUGCAGAGAGCAUGUUGAAUUCUGUUUUUCCCCUCAAACCUGCCAUUACCGUCUUCAACAGGCUGAAUAGACUUUCUGUGUGUAUUAUGUGGUGACAGUUGUUUGUUGUUGUGGACGUAGUGAAUGUCAGCUCUGACGGGGUUUUUGCCUGCUGUUGUGAGCCAAAAUGUUACUGCACAUUUCAGUUAUUCAAGCAGUGUACGAUGCAGCCAGCAGUUAGUGCACCCUGUCUCUGCCUGUUAGUUCAUUGUGUAUGCAUAACUCCAGUACAUGUACUUAGUAUAAAAAAAAAAAAUAAAGACAUUUUAAGCACAGGUUAGGAUACGUGGGCUAUUCACACUAAAUCUGAGACUGAAGCACAAUGUAAAUGCACAUCGCUGUUGUCGAGUUAUAAAGGUGUUUCUGAAAUGCUUGUGAAUCUCCCACUAAAUAUUGAAGACAGUACUGUGUGUGGUAGUGCCCUAUGUAGCUUUAACGUGGUGUAUCUUGAGACUUUGGGUAUGUUGUGUAUCAUUAAGGACGUGUUUCACCAGUAGAUAAAUUAAAGUAUUCCUGUUAUGAUAUCUAGUUGCUGAGAUUGUUGUGUUAAUUGUGGUAAUAAAUAUAACACACACA